GGGGUAUUAGGAGGGGUUUUUCUUGUCUUCUGUUUUCGCUCUAUCUGCCCUAGAGAAUUAUGAUGAAAAGUGGAGAAGAAUUCUAUUCCUUCCCAAAGCUUAAGGAGAAUUAAGGGAGGGGGUGGGGAAGAGGACACCCAUAGCUUUAAUAUAUAAGAGAGACAAGCUUCUUUCUUCUUUUCCUUUUCCAUUCUUUUCUUUUCUUUUAUCCUUUUCUUUCCCUCCCCAAUCUUUACAUAUUACUCUUCUCAGUCUUGUGCCUCUUCUGGUGAGGAGGGUGAGGCCUGUCCUCCGAGGAGGGUUUAAGCUUGGUGGGUAUGAGAGGUGAGGAAGAAAGAUGGCAUGGUGCAACAGCUGCGAUGAUGAUCGCAUGAUCGAGAGGAGCUCGGGUUCUUCGUCCGCACUGAUCAACAAGAAAUCUUAUGCAAACGCCAUCGAGACGUGCCCUUCAUGCGGCCACCACAUCCAAUACGAGGAGCAGGCUGCGGCUGCUGCUGCUGCCAUCCAAGAUUUGCCCGGGCUGCCUGCCGGUGUUAAGUUCGAUCCAACCGACCAGGAGCUUCUCGAGCACUUGGAGGGGAAGGCGAGGCCAGAUUCACAAAAGCUUCACCCUCUCAUCGAUGAGUUUAUUCCCACAAUUGAAGGCGAGAAUGGGAUUUGCUACACCCACCCAGAGAGACUCCCUGGAGUGAGCAGGGAUGGUCUAAUCCGACAUUUCUUCCAUCGCCCUUCCAAGGCAUACACAACGGGGACUAGGAAGCGAAGAAAAGUGUCUACCGACGAGCAUGGAAGGGAGACGCGGUGGCACAAAACUGGCAAGACAAGACCAGUGGUCGCAGGUGGGAAGCUGAAGGGGUACAAGAAGAUACUGGUUCUCUACACUAACUAUGGCAAACAGCAAAAACCUGAGAAAACUAAUUGGGUGAUGCACCAAUACCACUUGGGCUCUGAUGAAGAAGAAAAGGAUGGCGAGUUAGUUGUGUCCAAGGUAUUCUACCAGACGCAACCAAGACAAUGUGGCUCUGCCACGAAGGGUGCAGCUCGAGCACAAUCUAAAGAUCUAAACAGUGACGAUAAUCCAGUCCUCAAGGAUGCGAGCAUUGUCGAUUACUAUAAUUCAUCACUAAUCACCUACAACCAAGUUGGGCACAAUAGAGCAAGCUCCCCUCAUCUGAUACCCAAUUUCGCUGUACAUGCUGGUGGAACUUCCUUUCUUCCCUAAGUGGACCAAAGUAUCCAAUUCUUUUUGCUUGCAUGCAAAAGAAAGAAGUGAAAAAGAAGCCGACAAGAUGGCGGAAGAAAUCGGAAUUGGGGGGUGGGGGUAUUUUCCUUACGUACAGGUGAAUAAAUUUUAACCCGAGUUUAAAUCUGUUACAUAAAUGAUAGCUCUCAGGUUAUACUCGAGAAGGUAAAAUUCCUUGGAAUAGCUAGGGAUCCAUUACGAAUAAGUCGACCAUCAGCUUUUGCCUCAGAUGCUGUAAAGAGAGUGCAACUUGCAACAUUUGUAUGGCAAGGAGAGAGUGGGAGACUGUUUACAUGUUCAUAGGGGUAUCAUGCUAUCAUGGCAGUUUUGUUUGUGCUGCCAUAAAGUUGUAAUUAAGAUAUGGAAAGUGACAAUAGGACUUAGCUAUAGAUUUUCAUUUUGUAACGAUAAUUGGAUGAUGCAAGCUUGCAAAGCCUGGAGGGUAUUGGUUUCGUA